AUGUCUGCCGAUAGCACUUCCAACAACUCCGAGUUGCAUGCCCGCGAUCGGCGAGGUUCCAUCUCCCAGGCUGCCCUCACAAAUCUCUUCCAGAGGGACAACUCUGGACCCAACGGCUCCGGCUUCCCCAGCCAGGUCAACUCGCCUCUAGACAGCAACCGCCGACGUCCCUCCGUCACCACCCUGGGCCUUUCUGGUACCUCUCCCACUAGCGCCCAGCCCUUCAAUAUCCGCCGAGGCAGUGUCUCAACCAAUUCCAAUAACUCCGAGUCCAUGGACGAGAACGCCAUCGAGGACGAUGACUUUGGCACUGCUAGAACCGCUCCCAGUACGCCCUUCGCCCGGCGGAUGAGCCUCGACGGCUCCACCAUGCGACCCGUCCGCCCCAGCGGCAGCGCCGGAAUCCGUGUUACUCCAACCUCUUCUACCUUCUCUCACCCGAUGCAGAGUGGACAGAACUCGUCGCGCGUGGGUGCGCCGUCGCAGGAAUCCAGUAUCUCGGCCGCUCUGUCAGCAGCUGGACGCCGCGCCAGCUUCACCCUUCCCGUUUCUUCUCUUUCACAGGCAAGCAACACCAAAAUCCCAAGAGCCCCUUUUGAGAGCUAUCCAUCUCACCAAGACCAGCAAGGUUUCAACUGGUCCGAGCAGCUUAGGUCUCGCGCCGAGAGUGCCGUUACUGGGGCUCGACCCUCCUUCUCCCUUACCUCUGGCUCCCCUCCUCGCAGGAGCUCCAUCCACGAUCGAGCCACAUCCGUCUCCGACCUGCCCCAGCCUCCAUCACAGGCUGCGAUUGAGAGACCUAAGCAGCAGGAACGUCAGAAGCCCGAUACCUUCCAGGAGAGAAUUCUCAAGGGAGAUUUCUAUAUGGACUGA